UUGUUUUAAAUACUUCCCCCCCCAGAACAAGUCAAUUUAAAGACGUUUGAUUUAGAGGAGUGGGAGAUAUUUUGAGCAGGUGGACUUUGCCUCCGUUUUUUUUUUCAUUUUGAAAUCAGGUCGUCGUCAAAGGAGAAGAAGAGAAAAUGGCCAACUCGGGUUUACAGAUGUUGGGCUUCGUCCUGUCGCUUCUGGGCUUAAUUGGCUUGAUAGUGGGCACCAUUCUUCCGCAGUGGAAGAUGUCCGCCUAUGUCGGGGACAACAUCAUCACGGCGGUGGCCAUGUACGAAGGCCUGUGGAUGUCCUGUGCCUUCCAGAGCACAGGCCAGAUCCAGUGUAAAGUCUACGACUCCAUCCUCCAGCUCAACAGCGCCCUGCAGGCGACGCGCGCCCUCAUGAUUGUGAGCAUCAUCGUGACGCUGGCCGGCCUGGGCGCCGCCUGCAUGGGGAUGAAGUGCACCAACUGCGGCGGGGACGACAAAACGCGCAAGUCUCGCAUCGCCAUGACAGGCGGCAUCAUCCUUCUGAUUGGGGCGUUGUGCUCCAUCAUCGCCUGCUCCUGGUACGCUCAUGACAUCAUCCGAGCCUUCUACGACCCUUUCACCCCAGUCAAUACCAAGUACGAGUUUGGGUCCGCCAUCUUCAUCGCCUGGGCCGGAGCCUUCCUGGUGGUCAUCGGGGGUGGCAUGCUGGCAGCUUCUUGCCCAAGAGGCAAACCUGCACCAAAAUAUCCCAUCUCCAAACCUCCCAGCAGCACCAAGGAAUACGUUUGAACAAGAACAGUUUUACACCCACCACCUGAGAAAGUCCAUACCUGUUAAUAUUUUUUAUUCAUUUGGGAUUUAAGUUGCUUCAGGGCAACAUGUAAAUGUUAUUGUCAUAUUUUAACCACACUGCCCUGUCAGGAUGUCCCCUAACAGCUUCAACCUGCAAAGCGCUCAAGUUUUACAGAAGUCCAAACCUGUUUUUGUCCCAGUUUAAAAAUAGUUUCCAUGUUACUGUGAAAAGAGCCGUGCUUUAGAACGUAUAGUCGCUAACAGGAAUGCACUGGAUGGAGAACAGAUAUGGCUGGCAACAUUCACAACCUUUCAGCACACCACGUCUUUGUGCCUUUUUAUUUAUGUCAAUCAUUCCUACUGAACUAAUCAUGUGCCAGAGUGAAACCGUGUAUGAUGUACAAUAACACUGAUUUCUUUCAUUAAGAUUGCCAAUGUUGUUGCUGUCGGUCAUAACAGGACAGAUGCUUUGGAAGUGAUGACUGUUUAAUGGCUUUUACUCCUGUUUUUAGUCGUGGCAGUUGCUGCACUUUUUUAUGUCUUUUUUUAUUUAUGAUUUUAAGUUUUUGUUGUAUAUAAUUAAAGUUAAAAAAGUAUUGAUGUGGUUGCCUCAUGACUGUUAUAAUGUAUACAUAACUUUGAGGCGAACUGGUUAGCUUUCUAACUAGCGAAAGUCGGAGUCCCUACAGCACUGUUGCCAACCUUUCAGUAAGAAAAGUAGCUAUUGGCUGUCCUGCAAGUCGCUAGAUGGCGUCGUCGUCUAAUUUGCGUAUCAAUUGCAUAUGAUAUAAAACGCUGCGGGAUGGGGGAGCAGAGUUUCGUAGGGUAAAAACACCUUAAUUACGUUUAGAACUACAAAUAAACUUGAUUCUUGAUUUAAAUUAAAAUUGUUCAAAAGAAAAUAUUUUAUCUCGGCCAGCGCCUCUCAGAGUUCUCCCAUCACACGUUGGCAAUUGAACAGCGAAUAACAAGAUUAUGUUGUUUGUUCUACGGCUCACGUUAACAUGACAGAUGUGGUUUGUGAGUAGCACACUCUUCUGGUGAACAUAUGUAAUAGCAACUCAUUUGCACUUAGACGCGUGAACCUCCACAUCAUGGCUUGUGACUGCCUUUGGCCUGUCAACAGCACCCUCCGCUGCUUAGUGACAACAUAAAAUGCAGAAUACGUGCUUUCACCAUAUUAGAAAACUCCCCAACUACGUCAGAAAAAGACGCUAGAUUUGUCACUAGUUCCUUUUGAGAAAAUUUGUCAAGGGGGAUUGGAAUGUCGCCAGAUCUAGCCACAAAAUCACCAAGUUGGCCACAGCGAUCGGUUCUGCACACGCGUGACAACCACACCACGACAGCGCU